CAAAACACGAUUAAAUGGCUUACACCGUUUUUGCAUCAAUACCACAUAAUCCAUAAUUACACUUAACUAUACAGGAAAAAAAAUUAAAUUCAUAUUUCAAGCUCACAGAUCAUCAUUUCUGUAUAUUAUAGUUAGCAGAUACAUGUUACUGUGAAUUUUUUACUGCAGGCGUUAUCUGCACUUAUGGUAUCUCCUCUGGCUAAAUUCAAUUCCAUGAGAGUAUCUGAAGCAAUGGAGCAGUCAGACUUGAACUGCGCGGAGAAAAGUUCCGAGCAAUCAGUUAGUCGACCAGCGCGCCUCUGUAACCAACAAGUCGAAAAAGUCGCGGAAAAACCUUGGCUAGGUUGUUCAGUGUUAAUUCCACUGUACUGACGGGGGCAGACGUUUUUUCCGCAUAAAUUAUAAAAUUAUUCUCGAGGACUCGACAGUGAAGCUUCAAAGCGUGAAUUUCGGCUUAAACUUUUUCAGUGUGCUAGCUACGGACCUGUCUCAUGAAAUGUUCUUUUUUGAUUCCAAAACAUAAUGCACCCGUGAAAAAGAUUCUGAUGAGAUGUUUUCUUAGUUCGUGAUUUGAGAAGAUGUGAUUUUCAAAAAAGAAAAAUUAUAUUAAUUAUAGAUAUUAGUGGAGAAUUAGAGUGAUACCAAAAUAAAGGUAAAUAAAAUUUCAUGUGAGAAUUUUAUGACAAGUGAUGAGCGUUUAAAUGGAAUAAAAUUGUGAAAAUAAUUAAUAUUCUAAUGUUUGAAUAAUAUGGUGAUCAGCCCCUAUCAUGAUCAGGGCGUGAUCGUUUGAAAAGGAGGUAUUUUGUCUUGUUUUAUUAACACAGUGCCAUCUUGGAUUAUUAAAUGAAAAGUUAGUGUUGAGAUCAACAUGCAUGCAUGCUUAUAAAGUCGAAACAAGUUAAUUACGAAGUUGAUAACAAGAAACAACAAAAAUGAAGAUCGAAACGGAGCCGAAAACGCGGUCAAGUGAAAGCUCGUCAAACGAUUCGGGGGUCAUGACAGAGGACUCAGCGGCUCUCAAUGAUGUUUGCGCCCAUAAUAAAGUCAAUAUGUCCGCGACGAUUCAAGUCAAUGACGAUAACAAAGUAUAUGAUAAUGAGUACAAAAUUGUCAACUCCAGUCAAAUUCAAAAUGGCGACGAUAAAGUCCAUUGUACCACCACCAGCAACCAAACAAAACCAAGCAGUUCACCUGAAUCCACUCAUAUAUCAAUAGAAUCGAUUGAUGAAGAUGCCAUAGAUUCAUCUGUUAUCGAUUCAGAUUCAGACUUUGAGGACAUGCCGACAAAUGGUGAAUUUAUAAUUCAGGAGCUAGGUCAACACAUUACACCAAAUAAUUGUAAAAAUGGAAUAAUAGUAGUCAGUCAAAAUCAAUUGGAUAAAUCCGGUUCGAAUAGCAAUGUAUCAACAACUCCACGACCCCAGAUUGGCAGCAUAGCUGUGCAAAAUUCCACGGAUAUUACUUUUGGUGAUAAAACUUUCUACCAAGGACCAGUUACAAUUAAACAAUUUCUAUUGGAAAACAAUAAGUGGAAACCAAAGGAUUCAAAUGGAAACGUUAAUCCUGCCUUUGAUGGAAGUGAUACGGAAAAAACCAAUGGUGACAAAAAUGGAACAAAUAACCAGAAAACAGAUUACAAAAAGAUAUUUCUUAAAAAAAAGGCGGUGACAAUAACUGGUGGAAUAAUCCUUGUUAUCCUCAUACUCAUCACAAUCAUCACAAGUUCGCUGCUUUUAGCAAAAAGCAAGUCAUUAAAUUCCAAAUUGGGCGAUGGCGAUGAUUCAAGGCUAAACAUACCGAUUAAUUCCACUAUAGGAAAAGAUAAUAUCGGAGGAGGCAAGGUCUUAAGGAUGGUGUCCAGAGCGGAAUGGGUGGCGCAACCACCUAGGAAUACCUUGAAUGAUCUAGAACUUCCUGCAAGGAGAGUUAUUAUUGCCCACACAGCAACCGAAGGAUGUUUAUCUCAAGGUAGUUGCACCUUCCACGUUCGAUAUAUUCAAACAUUUCACAUGGAAUCUCGACAAUGGGAUGAUAUUUCCUACAACUUCUUAGUCGGUGGUGAUGGUGCAGUUUACGAAGGUCGUGGAUGGGAUAAAGAAGGAGCACAUACGAAAGGGUUCAACAAAAAUAGUAUUUGCAUAGCAUUCAUUGGAACCUUUAUUAAUCAGGUACCUCCAGAUCGACAGCUAAAUGCCGCGAAACUUCUAAUCGAAGAAGGUGUCCGACUGAACAAAAUUUCUAAAGAUUAUAAAUUAUUCGGUCAUAGACAGUUAAUUCCUUCCGAGAGUCCUGGUGAGAAACUUUAUGAAAUUAUCAAAAAAUGGCCCCAUUGGUCUGAUGAAAUUGAAGUUUAGAAAUUAAGAUAUUUCAUAGAAAAUUAGAAUUAAUAUGAAAAAGUGAUUUUAUGUUCAAGGAUGUAAAUAUUUUUCAAUGUUUUUAUUGAACUAUUAUUGUGAUAAAUUUGUAUUAAAAAUGUGAAAAUUUUACUCUUGCACAGUUAGUUUGUUAUAUUUUGUAAACGUAUCUAAUGAGCAAUAUUGGAGAAAAAAAUGUGCAAGAGCGAAGUUACUUCAUUGAUAGCAAUCGGAUAUUAUCGAAAGUCAUAUCGUAAUUUUAAUUUAAGGUACUCUCACUGUUUUAGUAAAUCUUUCUAGAUCGCUCAUUAUUAAAUGUAAAUAAUGUAACAAUAUACAUAAGUAUAUUAUUUUAUGUAGAAAUGCAUUUUGUUAGUAAAUACAGUUACGAAAAAACUAGAUUUA